GGGAAGUCGCCGUCGUCUUCCCCUUCACACCCACUCCACUGGUCGGAGUCGCCGCAAUGGGCCGCGACGACGACAGGGGCGCUGCUUCCGAGGUCCUCGCCGAGUUUCGUGCCCUGGUGGAUGGCGCCGACCGGAAGUUCGCCCUCGUUCGUGACCUGCCGCCCGGUGCUCGCGGCCCGCUCCAACUCCUCUACUUCCGCAAGGCAUUCAAGGCCUACACCCGGCUGUGGCAGCUCCAGCAGCGGCGUCGGAGCGAACUCGUCUCUGAAGGCCUCUGCCGUUGGGAAAUUGGCGAGGUCGCCUCCCGGAUCGGGCAGCUCUUCUACGGACAGUACCAGCGGACAAGCGAGGUCCGCUUCCUGCUUGAAGCCUACGUCUUCUACGAGGCGAUCAUGAGCAGGGGGUACUUCCAGGCUGCGUGGGGUUCGGUGGCGCCCGAUCUAAAGCUGAGGUAUAAGGAGCUGAGGUUCCACGUGCGGUUCUUGAUCGUUGCGUUGCUGUUGAAUCGGACCGACGAGGCGGUGAAGCUCGCGGACCGGUUUAGGGCUCUGGUGGAUGAGUCAAAGGCCGCCUUUUCGGCAACUAAUUUUAGAGAAUGGAAGCAAGUGGUGCAAGAAAUUUCCAGGUUUUUGAAAGCUGAUGCAUAUUUUAAAAUCGCUAGGCCAUUGAGAUACAAUGUCAUUUUUGAUGCUCAUCCAUCUUCCUUCCCAUAUAUAUCGCGAUUUUAUACUAGUAGGGUGUUACGACUGAAAGAUGCUUUGCUUACAAGCUAUCACCGGAAUGAGAUCAAGCUUGCAGAAGUUACCCUAGACACCUUCAGAAUGAUACAAUGUCUGGAAUGGGAACCCAGUGGAUCCUUCUACCAGGUUCCCGUGAAGCAACCAAGUGAAAAUGGUGCUCUUAAUGACCAGAAUGAAGCCUCUGGAUUGAUUGAUAUAAAUCUUGCUGUUGAUAUGACAGAUCCAGAUCUGCCUCCAAACCCAUGUAAAGCAAUUAUUUACCACCCUUCGGUCUCAAAGUUGAUUGCAGCAACUGCUACAAUAUGUGACGAGUUGCCUUCAGAUGGAAUUUUGCUAAUUUAUAUUUCAUCUUCAGGAAAGACAGAUUGUAGUGUUGAUUUUCAAAAAGACGUACAUGGAAAUUCACUGAACUUCUCAAAAGCAAAGCACACAACACAGGCUUCUCAGAAAAGAGAAAACUCACUGUCUCACCCUGCUGCUGAUAAUAAUCCAAAUUUGAGUUCAAAGAUAGGACAUUAUUUGUGCCUAGGUUCGCAAGGAAAUGGAGCUUCAAACAACCUCUAUCCUGAAGAUUUGGUUCCAUUUACACGAAAGCCACUUUUCCUUGUUAUUGACAGUGACAAUAGCCGAGCAUUCAAGACUAUACAUGGUGCAGAGAGAGGAGAAGCAUCUGCAUUGCUUCUUUCGCAUGAGAAACCAUUGUUUCUAUCUGAUACUAAUGUAACAUCUGGUGGAAGCCAGUUUACAUACUUCCUAACUGCCCCAUUACAAGCCUUUUACCAGUUAAUAGGCCUUUCCUCCGAUAUAGAACCUGAUGUAUACAGCAAUGCUGAGAGCCUCCUUUCCUCCGCUUUAGUUGAAUGGGAAGUGUUACUGUGCACAUCAAAUUCCCUUGAUCAGGUUUGGGCUCAAAUUUUAACUGAUCCAUUUCUACGGCGACUGAUUUUAAGGUUUAUAUUCUGCCGAGCUGUGCUAUGUCUUUUACGUUCAACGACGGGAGACAGCACCGUGCAUCUACCUGAAUGCCUCCCCAGCCUUCCUGAUUCUGUCUCACCAAAGUCUGCUGUAACUCGGAACCAUAUUCACCAACUUGCAGAAAGAUUAGGUGUCUUGAACCAUUUUCAUUUUCUAGAUUCUAUCAGGGAAUCUGUUCAGAGCAGAUAACUAGAAGAAUACGAGAAAACCUUUCUGUAGAUAGAACUGUGGUAAGUAGCACGCAACCAUUUAUUCAUUGUUUCGUGUUGAUAAAUGAAGUCUCCAACUCUCAUGUGGACUAUGAAGUUGUUUGAGUGGAUCACCCUGAAAUCCUGGAAAUGUAUGAGGCCUCAGGCUAUUUUAGAUGCUUCUAAAGAUUGUGUUGUAAGUUGUAUAUGUGAACAAAGUAUGGGUUGACAGUGUAACAUUUCACUUGUUGCGCUAAACCAGUAAAUACUUUUGGAA